GACCUCCGAAGUGCUCGUCAGUUUUCGAAGUAGGAGCCAUGGCGACAACAGCUCAGUAUAUUCCGAGGAAUAACUCCUUACCGUCUAACCCGCUCAUGCAUCCGGAUUCGGACAGGAUGCACCAGGGGACGACCUACAGAGAAGUACAGAAAAUGAUGCACCAUGAGUACUUGCAAGGGCUUGCGGCAACCAACACGGGACACCCGAUGAGCCUGACGCACCAUCAGUGGCUGCCAACCUCCAACACAGACUGGUCCAGUGGUACCCACAUCGGACAGGAGCACAAAGCCAGCGUGCAGGCGAGCAGGGAGGACCUGAGCAACGGGUUCCACCACAGGUCUCACCUGGUGCACCAGCAGGCGCAGAGUGGCCACCAUGGUUCGUGGGCUCCUGCCACAACACACCACUUAUCCCCGCUGUCCCCAGCAUCCAACGGCCACCAGUCACUUGUCUACUCACAGCCUGGAUACACAAACCUCAAUGCAAUGUUGAGUCCCCAGCCCGGCUCCCUGCAUCAUGGCAUGCGGGACCCACUCCACGACGAUUCGGGCAGCCACGAUAACCAGAUGGAGUCGCCCCAGCAGGCUUUCAGCCACCACCAGGACCACUCGGACGAGGACGCGCCCAGCUCCGACGACCUGGAGCAGUUUGCCAAGCAGUUCAAGCAGCGGCGGAUCAAACUGGGCUUUACGCAGGCGGACGUGGGGUUGGCUUUGGGCACCCUGUAUGGAAACGUCUUUUCUCAGACCACUAUCUGCAGGUUUGAAGCGCUGCAGCUCAGCUUCAAGAACAUGUGCAAACUUAAGCCGCUCCUUAACAAGUGGCUGGAGGAGACAGACUCGAACACGGGCAGUCCCACCAAUUUGGACAAGAUUGCUGCGCAGGGCAGGAAACGAAAGAAGAGGACCUCCAUUGAAGUGGCUGUGAAAGGGGCGCUGGAAAAUCAUUUCUUAAAAUGCCCAAAGCCAUCGGCUCAUGAAAUCAGCACUUUAGCCGGCACUCUGCAGUUGGAUAAAGAGGUUGUCCGUGUUUGGUUUUGCAACAGAAGACAAAAAGAGAAAAGAAUGACACCAGUGGGGGUCCCUCACCCGAAUAUGGAGGACGUAUAUUCCCAAGCAGAGACCCCUCCUCUACACCGCACACUACAGAGUCCUGUGCAGUGACUGUUUUCAUGAACAAUCUGAGCAUUUCCGCGGGGGGGGGGGGAUAGAAAAGGGAAAGGGGCUAUGGAGUUUACAGUAUUUAAGUUUGACUUUUGUUUUCCCGAGAGAAAAGAGACGUGGAAAAGUUGAACAGAUCAGUUUUGCCUUUAGUAUUCGGAGAUUCUCGUGUCCAUCAAAUAGAUGGCAAGAGAGAAAAUGUUAAGAAAAAAAUAAUAAUAAAAAAGAAAAAAAAAUAUUCGCUAUUACUGAUUCCGUGCGCAUUUAAAGUGAAACAAAGAUCUUUAUUUACCAAAAUUUUACAGAGGAGACAUGCAUAUAAAAGUAAAUUUGAUAUCCAAUGGCUGCUCCAAAUAGGGGGUAAUUAAAUGUGGCAACUGAGUCCAUCUCCUCCUGGUGUACCAUGAACUGCAGGCGCUGACCAGAAUGAGGUUGUUGCCUGAAAAUGAUCAACACUGGAGAUGAAAAGCCUACACUGAAUGAACAUUUUUGCUUUUUCCAGGCUUAAACUGGUUAUCCAGAUUUCUGAAUAUUAGUGUAUACUUUCUUUGUUAUAUUAAGUGUGAUGUUUUGGUUUGGGAAAUACUUUAACUUCAGUGUCUCUCUUUCUGCAAAGUGUCUAUGAUUUUGUUCAUUAUUUGCUAUAGGUACUGUAACUCAUCAGAGCAACCGCUAAUUUUUUUUUAUUUAUUUUUUUCUGUUUACUCGGUGGGAGUGGAGAAGUGAUGGAAAUCGUGGCACCCGAAAACACAACACAUAAAUAACGCCAGACACGUUUUAGAAAUCGUCAAGUGCAACAGGACAUCCAAGUUCUGACUGCAUGCCUUAAAAAAAAAAAAAAAAAAUCAAGCUUUGCAGCUGACCACGCCGAAAUUUG